AUGCUGCCCACACAAGCCUCCCCAUCCAUGCUGAGAUCAACGCUUUCAGCUCACAUAAAACAGGCCAGUCGCGCUGGCUCGUUUUGGGUGCGAAGAUGGCAGUCCUCGUUCACAUUUUCGAGCAAUAAGUCAUUGCUACAAAAAGAGCAAGUCAAGGACGAGAAGCACAAGAAGAAACAGGGAAAAGAAGCAUCUACUGUGUCUAUAGACGCCUCCUCAGAUAAAAAAGCUUCUAAACGCGAACUGCGUCCCAAGUUUCGUAAUAAUGCCGACUAUUCCUGGUUGCCCAAGGCCCCCUCAACAGCACAUCUAAAAGCACGCGAUGUUAGCACAACAGUGCUAUAUUCGGGAUACCGACCAUUUUUCAUGAAACCAGUGGAGCAAACGAAAAACGAUAGCACUCUGUAUGAGUUUGCCAUGAAACUGGAAAAUCUCAGCGAGCCGUUGCCUUGGAUUUCGUCCGCCACGGGGACAGAGUUUUACGGAGAGUGGGACAGCGUUCCCACGGACGUGAUCAAAAAGUUGAGACCUUUCCAACCGCCUUCUCACAAUGUCACAGCGCAGGAUCUCACCAGUCGCAAGCUUCUGCACGAGAAGCUAGUCGAACAGGAAAAACAAAAACUUAUAAACAGAUCCAAAGGCCGGAAGAAGCCCGUAAUAAGGCUGAUGCAACUGCGCAAGAAACUCAAUGAUCAAGAGGGCGAUUAG